AGUCGCAUUUCCAGAUCACGUGGUCGUGACUGCGCCCCCUGGCGCCGUCGGGUGCGGGGUGCGGAAGGCGAUGGCGGCGGAGGUGGCGGAGCAGGGCAGCUGCUCCGUGUACUUCUGCGGGAGCAUCCGCGGUGGGCGCGAGGACCAGGCACUGUAUGCGCGGAUCGUAUCGCGGCUGCGGCGCUAUGGAAAGGUGCUCUCUGAGCACGUGGCUGCUGCAGAGCCGGACCCGCGAGGAGAAGAGGCUGCUGGGGGCGACCAGCUCAUUCAUGAGCAAGACCUGGCCUGGCUGCGGCAGGCAGAUGUGGUUGUGGCCGAGGUGACACAGCCAUCCUUGGGUGUUGGCUAUGAACUAGGCUGGGCAGUAGCUCUUGGUAAGCAAAUUCUGUGCCUGUUCCGACCACAGUCUGGCCGAGUGCUCUCUGCUAUGAUUCGGGGUGCAGCAGAUGGCUCGAGGAUCCAGGUGUGGGACUACACAGAAGGAGAGGUGGAUACCAUGCUCGAUCGAUACUUUGAGGCUUAUCCUCCUGGGGGGAAAGCUCCCUCCAGUAACCCAAGCACCUGACCUAACUCAACUUUAUUAAAAUUUAAGAUUUUU